ACAUGCUGCGAUACAGACAACAAACCCGUCGUGACCACGUAGUUAGCYUGUUACCACCGAUUUCUGUACCAASCAAGCAAGCAAUGACAGUUGAGGAAAGGAUUUUCUCCGACACCCCUCCWCCCAUGACGUACACWGGGAGUUUUCCUUCCAAAGUACUCAGACAUCUUGAUAAAAGUACUUUUUAUUCUACACCAACGAAAGGCGAAGAAGCGCUAGCAAAUAAAGUAAUGCACGAGGAAGAGCAUGGAAAAAAUGACAAUAGCCAUGCAGAGUUCGAAUCUGAAAAAGGGAACCAAAAUAACCAAGCCAAUCACAAACCCAAGAUAUCGCCUCAUAGAAAGCCCAAUGAUUACUCUUACAAAGGAUCAAAAAAGACUGCGCAUGAAGAAUUAUCGAUCUCCACUGAACGGAGAUGUUCAAGUGCUCCCGGAUUAGUCAAAGACGAUCAAAGUAGUAAUGCGCAUGUCCCUGAAGCAGGAAACCUCACCGCACCCUCCACGCCUCUUCCAACAUUGACUCGACGUCAYAUCAAUGAAACCUCAAGAGAUACCAAGAAAGUAAUAAUCAACAGUAGUAAAGCAGGAACCCAACAUACCAAGAAGGAUUUAGAGCUUGAGUUACGAGGUGAUGGCUUGGGUCUCCAUGGCAAUGGCAAUGGCAUGCAAGCAGAACCUAAUCAGCAUCAACAACAACACUAUCAUCAACAAACACAUUUACAACAACAACAACAACAACCACAACAAAACCAUGCGCAAACACAGAAUUUGAGAUCCUCUAUACGAGAUUCAAGUACGAGUCAUUCAAAACAUGAAAAACCAAAGUUUGAAGUCAGAGCUGUGGGGUUCUCUCUGAGCCCAAGAGAAAAACGUGAGGGUAGAAACCAGCAUGCAGUGAAAUCAAUGGAUGUCACUUUAAGAAUUGAUCCAGAUAUAAAAGAUCCAAUGUUGCCUGGUAGUGAAAGAGUUAAUGAGACUACAAGUGAAAAAUCUGAUAUAACAGUGAGAGUUCCAGUAAUUGACAAUGCUGAAAAUGAAGGAAAUGGUAAUGAAGGCAAUGAUAAUAAUACCAAUGAAAUCUCUUUACAACAAGAUCCUAACAUCAAGGAAAUUCACCAGUCUGAUGCAAACAUUAAAACACYGCCAACCACAACAAAUCAGGGAAACAUUCCUCCAGAAAUUGUUAAAACUGAACAAAUAUCAAAAGACGAURAAAAAGUUACUUCAAAAAAGGAAAAGAAAAAGAGYCACACUAAAGGAAGAAGAAACUCAAARCAACACACAAAGAAGAAGUAGUUUGAACCAAUAAAAAAUAAAUGUGUUAAUCAAAGAAAUAUUUAUUUACAAAUAAUUAAAAGCAUCAU